UUUAGAUGAGGGCACGAUCCAUCGAUUCUUCCUUUCUCUGAUCCGAUCGCUUCCUUAUCCGGGAGGAACAUAUCAUAGAUGCCGAUGACUGGAGGAUUGAAAAAACAGAAUACAAUAGAUUGCCCCACGGAAUGGAAUAGAUCUGGCUUUACGAUCAGGGAGACACUCCCGAUCUCAUUACCUACGUUGAAACACGGGCAUCGAUUCACCGGAAUACAUGGCAGGGAAUGACUAGAUGCAGAUCGCACAAUACCUGCUAUAGGGAAAAGACCUAUCAUCUUACACCCUAUUCCCUUCAAUACACAGUCGAUCCGUUGAUACAGACACACAGUAGAAGGAAACACGAGAGACUGUCUUGCCGAUUUGUAAUAGAAACACACGGAACCGAUAUUCACCCGUAUUUACCGGGUAGAUAGACUCGCAAGAAUGGAGGGCGAGGAACAGAUUGUAGAUGCCGAUGACUGGGGAAAUUACCAGUCCCAUUGAAUAGAUGGGCGCGACUAUUGGGAUUGAUACCGAGGGGCCACUCAUACCAAUAGAAUCACUGCUUCGAGGGACGUGCCGCAUACGAGCACACAAGCACUACGAUCUCAACGCAAAUCCCGCUGAUUCAAGGCGACACUGCAUCGAUUCAAUGGAAACAUUUUAUAGGAGGGAGCCACUCCAUUUAAUAGGGACCCUGCCCAUCUCUUACGUAUCACCGCUCCUGAACCCACUAUCUCUCCACCACUUCACAUCUUUACACUUUUGGAGAAGGCACCAAGCCGAAGAUUACUGGGGAUGCUGCUCCUAUCGAACCCAGGCUUACAAUUCGUAGGAGGGAGGCUUAGAACCGAGGCUUCAAUCUCAUUACAUACCUUUUAACAACUAGGCUUUUAUCCAUAUUUCUCCGAUCCAUUCAUUCCAGUAAAGGGCACUGUCCACUCCAAGACCGGUUACUUCCACAUUAAAUAGAUCAGGUCCACAUUCGAUAGAUCAGACACGCGAUACUGAUCAAUAAACCAUAAAUAGUUGGGGGCUCUAUACGGAUCCGAGGCCAGAACCGGAGCAGGGAUGCGAGGCGAGAACCAGGGAUCAUUUUCCAUUCGAUGAGAAACGAGAGGCGAGCCACUUACUUAAAGGCAGGCGGGCUUUUAAGAGUACAUGUUAGUAAGGAUACGAGUUAGGCGCUUCCAGUCAUUAGAUAGAGUCACUACCGAAGAUAGGGAGGUGCUUCCGGGAUAGAUACGAUUCCAUAGAUGAGCUAGGAUCCGAUAAGCCAGGGUGCUGCCCCCAACCAAUAGUAGGAGCUGCUUUCCCAUGUCAUUGGUCAAUACCAUAAUUUCAUUCCCAACCCGGUCAUUCAAGAACGGGCUUUUUUCCAUAGAGUAAAGGGCGCUUUUCACUAAACCUAGGGUUGAGAAAGCUAGCGUAGGUCGGCUAAUCAAAUACCCUGCUUCGUUGGAUAGGGAGAGGGAGAAGAGUCAACCAUUCUUCGUGUACGUAUUACCAACACCGGUACUAACAGAAACGAGGGUUCGCUUAGAAAGGGGUCGCUUCACCACUCGCGAUGAAGGGGAGCGCUUGGGAUUAGGGUUAGUUUCUAAUUGAUACACCGGUUAUGGACUAAUAGGUCGAGAGAUUCAUUAGAGCAGGGAGAGCUUCGUUGCCUCUCUCCUCCCGCCGAUGAAUCCGCUUUCUCGACAGUAGGAGUUGUAUCGGUACAAGCUGGAUUCCCCUUUCAUAGAGUAGUAAAGUAAGAUUCUUGAGAUUGGAUCUUUAUGAUUAAUCGGGUGAUUGGUUGCUGCUUGGGGACUCCAAAAAAAAAUUCUUCCACAGUGGUUUGUUUUUUUUUCUUGAAAUUUCUUAUAAUAAAAAGAAUCCGUAAGUAACUCAGUGUCAGUCAGUAAGUCGACAGAGAAUGAAAUUCAUAUCAGUACAGAAUACAGGAAUGAUUGAUUUUAUUACAUAUUAUAAUUCUUUAUUUUUUACUUGUUUCUAAACUAUCUUUUUGAAGCAGAUAGUUCACAGUGCUCAUUCUAUAGAUACUGGAAAAGGACACAGUGUUUGGCAUGCCUUAUAUUGACUUACUUGAGUUUAUACAAGGGAUCUUUAACGCGGCUCACGAGGCGCCCCCGCUGGCGCCAGAACCGGCGUAAGUUCCCCACGCCGAUCCCGAAGCCGAACUACAGCAGCGUGAGGUAAUGAAAUUCUAUUCACACUUUCAUUCUAGAGCAAGUUCGUGAUCGGUGUGAAAGGCGACCGUGGCAAAGGCGGCUAUCCGUUCAUUUUCCUGAAAUGGAAGAAAUCUACUCCCAGAUUGCAGACAACAUUCUUUCAAACGAUCUGGAACUCUCUGCCGACACGGACACGGAUGCCACAACCCUACGCGAAUGGCUGCAGGAGAUUGAGAAGAACAAGAGGCUCCUGCAGCCCAUCAUAAGAAGACAGCUUACGGAUUAGUUGCCGCUCAGUUGAAAGCUAUGGGACUCUGAAAGAUGGAAACAGGGGAGUUGGCUGAUAAAGAUGGACAGUAACGAUCGCGUAAUAUCAAUUUAUCGGCCUCGUCAUCGAAAGCGGCUUCCAAUUGCUCGGAAAUUCUCAGCUAUAUGGGGGGCUUGGAUGGUGAGCAAAAACAAUUGAUCAAGAAGUUGGUCAACUUUCGUAUGAAAGAAGGUAAAAGAACGAGAGUUCGUGCUAUUGUUUAUCAAACUUUUCAUCGCCCAGCUCGAACUGAACGCGAUGUAAUCAAACUUAUGGUUGACGCCGUAGAGAAUAUAAAGCCCAUAUGCGAAGUGGAAAAAGUAGGAGUCGCAGGUACUAUUUAUGAUGUCCCUGGGAUUGUAGCCAGGGAUCGUCAACAAACCUUAGCUAUUCGUUGGAUCCUUGGAGCAGCUUUCAAACGACGUAUAAGCUACAGGAUAAGCUUAGAGAAAUGUUCAUUUGCUGAGAUACUGGAUGCUUACCGAAAGAGGGGAAUUGCACGUAAGAAAAGGGAGAAUCUUCAUGGACUGGCUUCCACCAAUCGAAGUUUCGCGCAUUUCAGAUGGUGGUAAAGUGAGACCACAUAAAGAGCUCUUCCUCAUUCAGUCAGAUUUUUCAGUAAGAUAUGGUUUGACCCUUUUCCUUUUUGAAUCUUCAUAUAGAACUACGUUACCUCAUACUCCCCCUUCAUUCAUUG